GACCUAUUUCUGCGAGGAGAUAUUUCUCGCUAGGCCUGUGCAAGUAACAUGUAAACACGGCAGACGAGCCCCGCACCAUGCACUGAGCAACGCCUCGCCCGUGCCUCGCCUCUUACAUGAGAUGAAAACUGCUAGUCAGCUCCUAAGGGAGGCUGAGGGUCUAAAGAGUCGUUUGAGCAGUUGCAGUCCUUUAGUUGGCAACAAUGAAGCCUGGGCUGUUCAGCAUCAGCUGCAGGUGGUGUGUGGGCAGCUUUUGGUCCACUGGAUUGAGGCUGCCCUGGACCAAGGGGUGGAGCGUGACUUGUGGAACUUAGGUUUUAGGAACACAAUAGCGCAACUUCAAGCUCAGGCAAAAGAUAAACAGGGAGGCUCAAAUGAAGCACGAGAUUUAUUAGGUUGGUUUCUCAAUUCAGCCAGUGGAUUCUACCUGCAACUCCUCAAUCAAAUAUGCUCAGAGUAUGGCCUUGACUUACCAUUUCGGAGGAAAGACAGCAUAUAUGGUGUAGUUGACCUGAAUAUAUCUACUCAAGGCAAGUCCAAAGCAAGCAGUCAGAAGAAUGCCUUGUAUCUGUGCCAGUAUUGUCUGGUUCACCUGGGAGACUUGGCGAGGUAUCGCCAUCAAGCCAAGCAAGCAGAGACAUAUUACAGACAUGCGGUAACGGUUGCACCUACAAGUGGUCACCCUUAUAAUCAGCUUGCGCUCCUUGAGGCUGGACGGGGGAACCGUUUAGCAGCUGUGGCACUUUAUGUUCGAGCCAUGUGUGUGCCUUGUCCUUUCCCAGGUGCUCCUGCAAAUUUAACACAAACACUUACAAAAGUGUUGGCUUCCUGCAGUAAUCGUGAUCUAAGUGGUUCUUCACGGGUCACAGGAGAGGAAUAUACAAACUUGUUUCUACAGUGCCAUGCACAGCUUUAUUUACAUGGGGAUGCUAUUAAUGCUCAAGAGGCCCUUCCAACCCUCUGUUCAGCUCUAUCUACUUUGGUAGCUACCAAUGCAUUUACCAGGACCAGCCUUAUUCAGAUGGUUGUUGUAAACCUUUUUGCUCUGAGCUAUUUUUUGGGAAAAAUCAACAUUAAGACUGGUGAAGAAGCUGGUGGAAAUAAAGAUGAGGAGAAAAGGGAAAAUAUAAAGGGACAUGAUGAGUGUCUGAAAGUUGUAGAAGAACUGGCCGUGGGGGUCCUGGCUGCCUUGCUCUUGCCCGUCCAUACAAUUCGUGAUCCUGACCAACUUAUGACAUAUCCUGCCCUUCCAGCUGUUCACCUGCUGUUUGAAUGGGUUAAAUGUGAACAAGGCAUGCUUCGUUCAGAUGCGAUGAAGAAAAAACAGCAAAUCUGGCCUGGACUCUGCACAUUAGUCAACAACUUGCAACAGCUCUUGAAAUCUUUUAGUGCAACCAAAUAUGCAGAUGUGCCACUUACAGAAGACUGGGAUUUGCAGGGAUUUGAACCACUGCAGAGGAUGCUGAAUAAAUACAAGUAUCGUGAAGGUCUGUCCAGACUCAGCCCUGAGGAAUAUAACUGUCUUCGUGCUUCUCGGCUCACAGAUGUAGCCAUGUGGUUUACUGAGCAGAUAAUUGAUGGAAAUUCUGUAAUUAGGGUAUGUGAAAAAAGUGAAGGAGGAGUGACCUUUGAAGCCAUGCAGAAUUCAAAUCCUCCAGUGGAUGAAGUUCGUGCCCUUGAGCAGCUCUCUUUGCAUCCCAAGUGUGAGGAAAAGCCAUCAUCGAGACGAGGAAAAGUGGGAAUCCUGAAACCACAAGGAUCUCUGGAGCGUGCAAGAGAAACAAGGGACCAGCAAGACUCCACAGAGGGCUCAGAAAAGUUACCAAAAGGGGUUGGAGAAAAUGAAGAUUUAAGAGAAAAAGGGCAGCACUAUCAGCAGUUACAACUGCCGACACAAGCACAACAACAGUCACAGCCACAACAGCAACAACAACCUCAGGAUCAGCAGCUGCAACAACAGGAGCAGCAACAGCAGCAGGGCACAGGUGCAGGACAACCUCGUGCACCUCGAACACGUACCAAUGUGGCAUUGCAGGCCAUCAUGAAGAGAAAUUCAGCAAUGCAAGAAGCUAAACAGGUAACAUUUAGAACUCCAUCUCCAACUGUGUCUCCAAACCCUUCUGAAGCUUCAAGUGAUAGUCAUCGUAGUCAGUUAUCUACUCCUCCCCUUUUAACUCCCACUUUCCAGCGGGAUCCACUCAUAAGCUCCCCUAUGCCUCCCCAUCAUGGGCAAAUAUUCCAGAUGGGUUUACCUCAGGGACAUGGAAAUUCCUUGGGAAGACAGAACCAAGGGAAUGACAACAACUUUUCAAAUCAGCAACAUUUUGGGGGCCCGCCUCCAUGGGGAGGAGUUGGUGUCCUAAGUGCAAAUCUUUCCUCCCAGUCUAAUAUACAAAGGCCUUUACUUCAACCGAAUCCAUUGAUAAAUACUAAUGUUAAUUUCAAAGGUCAGAGCAGUGUUAGUGGAAAUUCUCAAAAUAUUCUUCAGCAGUUACAGUCAUCCAAAGGUCUGUCAGACAUGUCAGCUGGAAUUUUUAGUCGACCAUCAAUGGAAGGAUUCCAUCAACUAGGUGGUCCAGUUCCACCCAGACCAACCCUGGACAUCACUAAUAGAAUGAGAGAACCAGGACCAAGAAUGAUGGAAAUGAUGGGGAUGACCCAUUCACUACCUUCCUUUGGACAUGCUGAGGGCUUGUCAAAUACUUGUAGAAUUAGACCCCCUGGUACUGAAGCAAUGGGAUUAGAUAGUUCUCACAUGAAUCAGGUACCUUUCAGGGGUCAGCAAGAACAGCAGGAUAUAGAUAAGAAUGGUUCCCAGGGUAAAAUGAACCCUGUCACUCACUCAGUGUUUACAUCCAGUGCCAUGAAUUCUCAUCCUUAUGGUAUGGAGUGUAGGCAGAAUAUAAGUGGAACGAAUGGAUCGGGCAUGUCUGGUCCAGGGAGGAGUGGAUUUGGAGAUGAUGUAGGACCAUCAAGAGGUCCAGGUCUUGGCUGGGGAGCAGGGCAGAGUGAAGGUAAAAACUACCCUGUGAUUCAUCCUCCUCCACCUCCUCCUCCCCCUCCUACUUUGGCUAAUCUCCUGCAGCAGCAGGCUCAUGUUGAUAUGAGGCUUGGCCUUCCUGGGGAUCAUGGGACAGAGCAACUUAACCCUGGGCUUGCAAGACUUUCUGCAGGCCACUCUGUCCACACCUCUACCAUGAGUUCUCACAGCUCUCCAAGUAUUGGCUCACUUGGUGCUGUUCAUCUGGGUAUGCUGCCCAUGCCUUCCUCUCAGCCUCCACGUCCUGCACCUCACAGCCAGCUGCCAAGGGGGCAACAUUUCUUGCAGGAGUACUUACACUUGUUUCAGGGUGGUGAAGGUGAAGGCCCAUCAGGCAAUACCUACUCUUUAUUUAGUCCCAUGAGUGGAAGCAGCAUGGGUAUGGGGACAGGCCCCAGUCGUACAGUUCCUCACCCACUCUACCCCAGUGCUUCUCAGCCGAGUGGACAGCAGUCACUUUGGUCUGGUCCGGGCCCUUCUCCACUAGAGCGUCUCCUUGAACAAAAGAAAUACAGCAGUGUUCCUAAGUGAAGCCAGAAGAGAUGGUGAUGUGGAAUUGAAUAAAUGCUAUAUCUGAAAUGGCCCAGCGUGGUACAUGGCUAUACUGCUGUCGCUAUGGAGGAGACAAAUGAAGAGCUGCUGCCAAGGUGAGUUUCCCACAAAAGGAGCUCAUGGUACUUCUUCAGUCACUACUGCUGGACAGGACUUAAUUGGUUAGGUCAUACAAUUGACAGUCAACUAGUCAUGGUUGCUGGAGUAACCAUGUAGUGCUCUUUGUUGUAGUUGUGAGGAGACUGGCAAGAAAUGACCCUGGAAGGCAAUUAUUGAACCUGAGAUAUACAAAUGUGAAAUGUAUGUUGCAUUUGAAAAGUCAGUAUAGAUUUUUAUGUGUAGCUGAUAUGUUAUAUUCAGUGCACGGAUGUGGCUUUUUCUCACUCUGGAACUCCUGUGGCUAAGGUUGUUUCUUAAUGUGUGGAUGUGGAGAGUAUACCAUGAAUUGCAUUGUAAUUGCUUGUACAUUACUCAUACAAGUAAGGCUAUGCAUCAUUUUGCCAAUAUUUACAUAGAGUAUGUAAAGCAAUGCUGAUAGCCACAGAUUAUAGAGGUCUUUGUUCUCUUUGGCCAUGUGUCAUUAGUCAAAAAUAUAUUUGUGAUGUUUAAUCUUUUAUAACAAAUUUUGUUGAGCUGUAAUCUAUGUAAUAGCACUUCCACAUUUAUUACAGGCAUUUAACUCUUUAUUAUGAAACUCAACUCAGCAAGAGUACUUAAACAUAAUUUCCAUUGGUUCAUUGUUUUGGUAGCUAUUCCAUAUACAGACAUUGUUACAUUAUGUUUUGUGAUAUACAUCUAAUGAGUGAAAUAAAUUUUCCACAAGUAUGAAA